CGCGCAGGCGCGUUUCGCUCACCGGUUUAGUGAGGAGAGCUUGGAACCGGGUGGUCGGGAAUCCUGGGACCCGGCGGGGGAAGUUGCACGGCCUCCAAUCGUGAGUUUGAGGUCACUCCUGCCUGAACAGCUUCUGUGGACAUGGUCCUCUAGCUGGCAUCGGGUCCUGGCUGAUUGUCGUGUUAUGGAGGCAUCUUUGGGCAUUCAGCCAGAUGAGCAACAGCCCCUGUCCCCUUUGCAUGACCAGGUACAGACCGAUGGCUCGUUUAAAAAAUAUGAGCAGAAUUGCAGACUUACAGGGGUUGAAAAAGAUAUUGAGAAACUAUAUGAAGCAGUACCACAGCUUGGUAGUGUAUUUAAGAUUGAGGACAAAAUUGGAGAAGGUACCUUCAGCUCUGUUUACUUGGCCACUGCACAGUUAAAAAUGGGACUCGAAGAGAAAAUUGCUUUGAAACACUUAAUUCCUACAAGUCAUCCUAUAAGAAUCGCUGCUGAACUCCAGUGUCUUACUGUGGCUGGGGGGCAAGAUAAUGUCAUGGGAGUUAAGUAUUGCUUUAGAAAAAAUGAUCAUGUGGUUAUUGCAAUGCCGUAUCUGGAACAUGAGUCCUUUUUGGAAAUUUUGAAUUCUCUUUCCUUUCAAGAAGUUCGAGAAUAUAUGUUUAAUCUUUUUAAAGCCUUGAGACGUAUUCAUCAGUUUGGGAUUGUCCAUCGAGAUGUCAAGCCCAGCAACUUCUUGUACAACCGGCGCCUUAAAAAGUAUGCCUUGGUAGACUUUGGCUUGGCACAAGGAACCCGGGACACAAAAGUAGAGCUGCUCAGAAUGGUCCAGUCAGAAGCCCACCAGGAAAGAUGCUCACAACAUAAAGCUCACAUAGUCAUGGCAAACAAGGUUUCAGUGAGUGUCCCAGCACCAAAAGCGUUACCUCAGUCAUCCACUCAAACAGCUGCCAAAAGGCCCUACUCACACGCACAAAGUCAGACUAAACAAGGAAAAGACGGAAAGGAGGGAUCUGUAGGCCUUUCUGUCCAGCGCUCUGUUUUGGGAGAAAGAAAUUUCAAUAUACAAAGCUCCAUUUCACAUGAGAGCCCUGCUGCGAAACUCAUAAAGCAACCUAAACUUAUGGAUAUGACAUCUAGAAAGUUAGCGACAAAAAAGAAGGUGGUUUCUACAAAAACUGUGCCCAGUAACGUAACGAGGAAAACUGCCAGCGUUUGCCCACCCAACCUGACCUGUGACUGUUAUGCAACAGAUCAAGUUUGCAGUGUUUGCCUUUCAAGACGGCAGCAAGUUGCCCCACGAGCUGGUACACCGGGAUUCAGAGCACCAGAGGUCUUGACCAAGUGUCCCAAUCAAACUACAGCAAUUGACAUGUGGUCUGCAGGUGUCAUAUUCCUCUCUUUGCUCAGUGGACGAUAUCCAUUUUAUAAAGCAAGUGAUGAUUUGACUGCUUUGGCUCAGAUUAUGACAAUUCGUGGAUCCAGGGAAACUAUCCAGGCUGCUAAAACUUUUGGUAAAUCAGUAUUGUGCAGCAAAGAAGUCCCAGCACAGAACCUCAGGACCCUCUGUGAGAGGCUCCGGGGCACCCCCAGUUUGGCUGUUGAAAAGCAAGAAACCCAUGCUCAUGAAUCAACUCUGUCAUUGGGAAGUGACCAACAACUGAAGCUCCCUCUGCAGAUGGAGUGUCCAGGGAGCUCAUUUCAUGAAGAUGGCAGGGCUGCCUCAGGAGUGUCUAUGCGUGAGCCUCAAGCCAGUGUGAAAGGCUGGGAUCAAGUUCCUCAUGAAGCUUAUGACUUACUUGAUAAACUCUUAGAUCUGAACCCAGCUACCAGAAUAACCGCCCAGGAGGCACUGGUGCACCCGUUCUUCAGAGAAAUGAGUUUGUGAUUAGAGCACUCAGUUUGGCGUUUACUUGGUUAUUGUCUAAUGGGAAAUAAGUUCUUUGUAAUUUCCUUAAGUUUUUGAUUAGACACCAGACCCUGGUGGGUAAUGGGCGGGGGGAGUAUUUGUUCUCAUAACAAGUAAAAUGUUUUCUGUAUUGUUUUCAUGCAGUUUAUCAGAAAACUGCUACAAUUUAAAUAUCCUGAAGAGAUUACAGCAGUGUAUCACAAGGAUCAUAUACUAUGAGCAGGUGGGAUUUACCCCAGGAAUGCAGGGCUGGCUGAGUAUUAGGGAAACUGUCAGCAUAAUUGACCAUAUCCAUAACAAAACCAACAGAAGACAUGGUGGGCAGUGCCGUGGACUAAUCACAUGACUUGUCUAGUCUGCUCCACUAGAGUCUGAUGAGAUAGAAGCCAUUCCUGCCUAAAACACAGGACACAAGAGUACAAGCAUUAGGUUGGUUCACACAAGAAAGAUCAGGCAGCAAUUGGCCUGAAGCCUCUUUAUUCUUGGACGCCUUUCAUGAAAAUGAAAAUCAGUAAUAAGAACGUCUGAACUUGGUAAAAUAUUCAUUUUAAAUUGUCAGUUUUUCUUCUGUUUUGGAAACACAUUUUGUGUUUGUAUUUCAUGGCAAUGACUAUCUUUUUCUUGAGAGUGUUUUUCUUACUCCAUGCCCACAAUUACACAUUCUUUUUGGUACUUACGUGGUACGUAUCACCAGAAUUUCAGGAUAUUUUAUUCAGUAAUGAAUGGCAGUAGGUGUAGAGUCCAGAACUGAUGGCAGUAGAUGAAGAAGUUAAGUGAGUUAACUCAGAAUGUAGAGAACUAUAGGACUGGAGUGAAAAAACCCUUUGGGUUUCAUAAUUUUUUUCUUCUAAUGAUAGCCAAAGCCAUCAGGCCAUCUACAUCUUCAUUAUCCUGCUCUUGAAAACACUGGACCUUCACAUGGGAUGGUUCUGGUAGCGUUUGACCUGUGAAGAAAAGGUCGUGAAGAAAAACAUUAUUAUGGGCCAGGUAGAAAGGAGAGAAGAGGGAGAGAUGUGUCACACCGGGAUACACGCGCAUCGUUUCAUUUCCAUUCCAGCCCUGCUCCUGUGGACAAUCACAUACCAAGUUAUUGGCUGGUUUGAUAGGGAAGCUACUGGAGGUUAGGAAUCUACAGAAUUUACCCACUUGGUAGUUACGUUGUAUUUUGUUUUAUUACGAGAUCUCUGUGAGAGAGAAGGGGGCCUUCUUUGCUUGGACAAGAAAAUGUUCUCACUAAAGUCCCAUGUGAAGUGUCUUGUUCCCAAAUAGAUGACUGAAUUCUAGGGGGGUGUUUACAGAUACCACCACCUCAACGAUCUUAGUUUCUUCUCAUGCAACAGUUUUUUAAAAAGAAAAAAAAAGCCUUUGAAUGUGAAAUUAUAUAUUUGUAUGUCUAUUUAAUAAAGUUAC